AUGUUGAUAGUUGAUAAAUCCGAAAUCGGUGACGGUGAUGAUGAUGAUGAUGAUGAUGAUGACAAUGGUAAUAGUCAACAAUUUACACGACGUUUGAGUUUUACAGAGAAAACGAAACAGCGUUUAGAAAUUUAUCGACGUCGUUCAUUACAACAAUUUCAUGAUGAUGGUACACAUCGCGUUGACAUCCGUUCGAAUAAAAGUUGCAGUGGAAGAAUGGAUAUUAAUGGUUCACCAUUUGCUCUCAAAGCAUAUGAUACCGAUCGAUUAAUAGUCUCAGAUAUUCCACGACUUGUGACACAUAAUCAACCAGUUGAAUUUACAAUCGAUGCGUCGAAAGCAGGAGAAGGUCAACUUGAAGUUGCAAUUAACGAUGGACUUGUACCAAAUCAAGUAAAAGCAUUGGGCAAUUCGAAAUUUCUUUUUACAUUCAUACCUAAAACUACCGAUCCACAUUUUGUUUCGAUUAAAUUCAAUGGACAGCUAUUACCUGAUUUUCCCAAAGAAUGUCAAAUAUUUUCAACAGAAGACAUCACUACUCGUGGUCCUGGUCUAAGUCAAGCAUUACUCGGUGCACAAACAUGGUUUACUGUCGAAACACCCCAUGGAGAAUCCAAUGAUGUGAAAGUUACUGUCCUCACACCGAAUAAUGAAGAAUUAAAUCCAACCACACGUGUCACCGCCGAUGGACUCCGAGUCGAUUGGAUGCCAUCGGAAGUUGGUACUUAUACUGUUCACGUCACAUUUGCUGGUAAUGCUGUACCGGGCAGUCCGUUUCGUGUGAAAUGUUAUGAUCCAAAAAAUGUUCUUAUUACUCCGCCAACAAGUGAUAGCGCCGUUCGAAAACCAACGAGAUUUCUAGUUGAUGCAUCUCACGCUGGUGAAGGCAACCUUGAAAUUAGUGUAAAUCAUUCCGGUCGUAACAUUCCUAAUCAAGUGAAUCCUAUUGGCAAUAGCCGUUUCGAAGUUCAUUUUACUCCACACGAAGCAGUGGUACAUUAUUGCAAUGUGUUAUUCAAUAGUGAACCUGUUCCAGGAAGUCCGUUUGCGGUUAAUGUGAUGGAUACGCAACGUGUGGUCGUGUUUGGAAAAGGUUUAGGAUCUGUACCAGUCAAUGUUCCGACUUCGUUCACAAUCUUAACACAAAAUGCUGGCGCUGGAGAAUUGAAAUGUUCAAUAAAAGAUCCUGAUGAUCAUGGAGUUUCUUGUGUGAUAGCCAAGACAGAUACCAGUCGAUAUGAAGUUUCAUAUACACCAGAUACCGUUGGUGAUUAUAAAAUUGAAGUAUUACAUAAUAAUGUUCCCGUCGAUGAUAAGCCAUAUAUUGCUCGGGUUUUUGAUAUCAAUAAAGUUAUGAUUUACGAUUUUCCGUCGUCAGCUAUUGUCGAUACAGCGACUUAUUUUAUAAUUGAUGCAACUGAUUCCGGUUCGGGCAACCUGGAGAUUGCUGUAUCAAUCAAUGAUAAAAAUAUUCCGAAUUAUGUUCAAAAUGAAGGCGGUGCUCGUUUUCGAGUCAAAUUUACUCCCGAUCAAAGUGGAAUGUACCAUAUACAUAUAAAAUUCAAUGGAAUUGAUAUUCACGGAUCGCCAUUUACAUGUAAUGUAUUUUCAAGUGAUUUUAUAUUUGAAAACUAUGAAUAUGCGCCGAUUAACAAACGUACAGCAUUUGUUCUGAAGCCAAAAGCGAAUUCUGUCUUGAAUCCUAAUCUUUACAUUAAUGUGAUUUCUCCAUCUGGCCAUGAAUGCGAAGGCAAAAUUGAAGAAAAAUCUCCUAAUCUCUACACAGUUCGUUUUAUUCCGAAUGAAAUCGGUGAUCAUCAAAUCAUCUUCUACAGCGAUAAAGACAAGAAAUUUCUGAUAACGAAAUUUAUCAGUCAAGUAUUUGAUGCCAGUAAAAUCCGUAUCAGUGAUUUGCCACCUGCAGUUCCACAUCGUCCAUAUAAAUUCACCAUUAAUACCGAAGCGGUUGGUGACGGUCAUUUAUCGAUAAAACUCAAACAAAACAGCAAUCGAUUAUCGCACGAACAAACUCGUCUUAAUGCUCAUAAUUAUGAAGUUUCAUUCGUACCGGAAACAUCGGACGAGUGUACACUUUCGAUCCUAUUCAAUGGUGAUGAUGGAUUAGGUAAUUUCAAAAUACCAGUGAUGCCUGACUCAAAAGAAAUUCGCGUUGCACAUAUUCCAACUGGCACCGUCGGGAAACCAAUUAUUUUUACAAUUGAUAUUAACGAACCCAAACCACUCGAUGUUCUUGUGACUGAAUCACAUGGUGGUCGGGUGAUUCCACAUACGAUGAUUCCAUUGAAUAUCGAGAAAAAACGCUACCAAAUUACGUUUAUACCACUAGUCGCUCGUCAACAUACUGUAUCAGUGAGUUACAAUGAUCAGCCAAUGUCGAGUUAUCAUGUUGAUGUGUUCGAUAUUAAUAAAAUACGUGUGAGUUCAAUUGAAGAUGGUAUCGUUGGUACACCAUUAGUUUUCACUGUUGAUACACACGGUGCUGGCGAAGGUCAUCUCGAAGUAACGAUUAGUGAUGGUAAACGUACAUUGCCAGCUGAAUUGAAAAGUAUUCAUGCACGGAAAUUUGAUAUUGGUUUUCUACCUGAAACAAGUGGAAAAUAUAUGAUAACGAUUGCAUUCAAUGGAAUACCAGUUGAAGGUAGUCCAUUUGUUAUUCAUAUUCACGCGGCAUCAUCAACAAAUGAUAAAGCAAGUACACAAGGACAGUUAGAUGAAGAAGAAGAUGAUGAUGAAGAAGAGCAAGAAGAGGAGGAAGAAGCCGAAGAAGAAGAGGAGGAGGAAGAGGAAGAAACUGGUGAACAUGAAUUUUUAAUCGGUGGUCAAUUAGAAGGAACCAAAGUUGGAGAACUUGCUUGGUUAAUCUGUGAUACACCGCUUAGUGAAAUCUAUGAAGACUUUGAUCUAUUCGUGUCAGAUCCGGACCAAGUUACUAUUAAACAUACAAGAAUACAAGAUUCUGGUGGUCGAUGGCGUGUAGAAUUCGAACCAAUUAAAUCAGGUAUUCAUCAAAUUCAAACCAAUGUCAACGGCAAUGAUGAAUCAUCGCUUAUAUUGGCUUCGAUGGAUAUCUUACCUGCAAAUUAUCAUCGAACAAUCGAAGGUGAAAGAAUUAUUCAUCCCAAUGUACUCAAUUAUAUCACAAUUAAUUCGACUAAUGAUAAUUUAAAAGUUCGAAUACGACGUUCGAAUGGAGAUGAAAUACCUGUUGGUCUUGAACGAGAUGCAUUAGAAUGGAAAGUAUAUUGUACACUUGCUGAAACUGAUUAUUACCAAAUGAGUGUUAAUGAUAAUGGUGACGAACAAAUAUUUGAUAUUCAUUGUGUUAGCGAAGAAACAGAUAUAUUCCGAAAUGGUGGUAUUGAAGACAUAACUCGAUUGAUUGUCGAUGAAAGUAAAUUGAAUGGUAGUGAUGUGAAUGUGAUCGUUAAAGAUCCAUUCGCUCAUACGAUACCGGCAGCGUUCUAUCGGAAUUUUAAUCGCGAUUUGAUUAUUGAAUACGUACCAACGAAAUUGGAUGUUCACGAGGUGUUUAUUCGAACACAUAAUAAUCUCCUGGAUAUAUGCCCGAUUCGUAUAAUGUCGUUUGGGGCGAUUAGCCCAUUCGAGCCAGUACUUCGUGUACAAGUCAAAGAAGUUCUUCAGCAUACAUUUGAAGGUGUUAUUGAUAAUGUCGACAAAAUUCAAAUCGAUAUCAUUGAUUCAUUCGAAAGACCAUUACCGUUUCAACGUUCUACAAAUGAAAUUGGAGAAUUAACUGUUGCUUUAUCGCCAGUACGUGUUGGAACUCAUUGGAUUCGUGUAUCAAAUAAUGAUAGUAAAAACUUUGCUCUUUUGCCAAUCUUUGCCUACGAUGAUGACUAUGUUCCACUUUCUCCAAUCGUCACACCAUCACCAGAUGAUAAAAAAGGCAAACAGAAAUCCUCGAAAAAUAUGAAUCACAAUCAUAACAAUAAUAAUAAUAAUACAGGAUUCGACACGUUCAUUCCACUUCUGGCAGGAAAAGACCUCACGACCAUCAGUGAGACAACGGAAACAUCAUCUUCACGAACAUCAUCCGCUACGUCUUCGGAGCUACCACCGCCACCUUCGCCUGUAAAAGAAAUCGUUGCAGAGAAUCCUCCGGCUCCUAUCGCUACAGUUCCCAAAGUACCAACGACAGAUGGUCGCGCUAGUCCGGAAGUACAAGUGCUCGAUAUCACUGAUCUUAAUGAUCCAGGCAUUGGAACUGUCUCGAAAUUUAGUUUCAAAGAUCCUGAUAAUAAGUUCAAUAUUGCAAUAAUUGAUACUGAUGGAAAUACGAUUAGUUACAGGACUGAAUAUCUUCUCGAUGGACGAAAACAAAUCUUCUACGAAGUUACGACUGUCGGACCUGUGGAAAUUCAUAUAUCGAAAGAAAAUGAGCCGAUCAAUGGUAGUCCAUUGGUAGUUCAUGCAUUUAAUCCUGCUUCUGUUUACUUAAUGGAUUUCCCGGAUAAACUUCAGCUAAAUACUACCAAUCGAUUUAUUAUCAAUCCAACGAAAGCUGGCAAAGGCUCAUUAAAGAUCGCUGUAAAAGAUCCAAAUAAUCGAAGUGUCCCUAUUACCGUUCUCAAACGAUCCAAUGGUCAUGUCACAGUAGAAUUCAAACCUGUAACAUUAGGCUUAUAUACAACUUCUGUAUUAUUUAAUCGUGUGCCGAUACCCGAAACACCACUUCGUGUUGCUGUGGAAGCGAAAGAGCCAGCCAAAAUACCCGAAGAAAAUGUUCCACCACCACCACCGAUUCUCAGCGGCAGCUUAGGUAGUAUUGACGAUAUUGAACUACACGGUCGUGCACCACAUCCGAAACCAGUCGAACGUGAACGACCACGUUCCGUAUCAUCUCAAACAACAUUCGAUCCAAUCAAUACGCGCUUAUCUAAAUCUAACGAAAACAUCACCCAAACGGUAUCUCAACAGACGCCCACCUUCAUUGAGCAACAUCGCACGCAACGUGUCACGAAAUCAGAAGAUCGACACUCGUCAGCAUCUGUUACAACUCCAUUGAACGAUUUGCAAAUUCAACGAUUCAAUAUACUCAAAGAUAAGUUCGAACGUCAGCAACCAAUCGAUACCGUAUUCGAUUCUCGUCGAUAUCCAUUCAAAGUCUUUUUGCAACAUCCUUAUCCAUUAACUAAUAUUGAUGUUCACCUAUUAAUUGAUCUUCCACAUAUUGCAUAUGUACAUGUCACUAUCAAUGGAACAGAGAUUCCACUUCAAGCCGCCCGACGAAAUGAUGACACAUUUCUAUUGAAAUUUCGACCCAUCACCGCGGGAGAUUAUUCAAUCAUAUUAAAAGAUUUUCUUGAACAACCAAUUCCUGGUAAAGAUCUUCUCUUUCGAAAUCUUUCAUAUUCAAUGCCAUCUGGUAUUUGUCUUUCAGGUUCACCAUUCAUUUUUCCUGUUUAUAAUCCUAGUAGUGUUCAUUUCGAAGCAUCGAAUCGUUUACAACCAAUCAAUGACUGUCAUCUGAUUUGUAUGCAAAUUUCAGGUGUNGAGCUUGACGAAUUGAACUUAUUUUGUUUGAUUGUGAAAUGUUUUACCUGUAUUUCACCGAAGACAAAAUGA